AUGACCUUGGACAAGAGCAACAGCACAGCCAGAGUCAGCAAACAAGGCUUCAUGACUUCAGGUGGCACCCAAAAAUGCUGGAAUCUUCGUGGCAGGUGUCGCCACAAAUGCUCCAAGAAGGAAAGGAUCUACGUUUACUGCACAAAUAAUAAAAUGUGCUGUGUGAAGCCCAAGUACCAGCCAAGAGAAAAGCCGUGGUCACUUCGAGGUCCUUGA